AUGAGGAAGGAAGUUUUGCCGCCGGUGACCACCACCACCGUUAAAUUCCUCGUCUGCUUCGAGAAGAGGCCACUGAUUGCUACAUUGCUAGCUCUCUCCCUCGUCAUGAUUAUCUGGAACCUUCCUCCUUACUACCACAAUCUCAUCUCCACCACUCGUCCCUGCUCCGCCGCCACGAUAACCACCGCAUUAGUCUCCUCCUCCUCCUCAUCUUCCGCGGCGGCGAAUUUCACCACCUCCCUCUCGGCCACACCGGUAGCUUCUCAGAAGUACGAUUCCGUCGAUUCGAAGCCCUCAGAUCCGAACAAGCGCGUUUUCCAACCGUUCGGUAACGCGGCGGCGCUUUUCGUCCUCAUGGGAGCUUACCGCGGCGGUCCGGCGACAUUUGCUGUGGUCGGACUCGCGUCGAAGCCGAUCCAUGUCUUCGGAAAACCAUGGUUUAAGUGCGAGUGGUUAUCCAGCAAUGGAACCUCGAUUCGAGCUAAAGCAGUGAAGAUUCUACCGGAUUGGGGAUACGGUCGAGUAUACACCGUCGUCGUCGUCAAUUGCACUUUUCAAUCGAACCCUAACUCCGACAAUUCCGGAGGUAAGCUCAUGCUCAACGCUUACUACGGAGAAUCUCCGAAACUGUUCGAGAGAUUGGCGACGCUAGAGGAAUCCGCCGGAUCUUACGACGAAUCGAAAUUCUCGCCGCCGUAUCCGUACGAGUACCUUUACUGUGGCUCGUCUCUGUACGGUAACGUGAGCUCGUCGCGUAUGAGGGAGUGGAUGGCUUACCACGCCUGGUUCUUCGGCGACAAGUCGCAUUUCGUCUUCCACGAUGCUGGUGGGGUUUCGCCGGAGGUUAGGGAGGUUCUCGAGCCGUGGAUUCGCGCCGGGAGGGUCACGCUUCAGGAUAUUCGUGACCAGUCGCAGUACGACGGCUACUACUAUAAUCAGUUCUUGAUCGUUAAUGAUUGCUUGCAUCGGUAUCGUCACGCUGCGAAUUGGACCUUCUUCUUCGAUGUUGAUGAGUACAUCUAUUUGCCCGACGGGAAUACGCUUGAAUCAGUGCUCGCCGAGUUCUCCGUUAACACUCAGUUCACAAUUGAGCAGAACCCAAUGUCUAAUGUUCUUUGCUUAAACGAUUCCUCUCAAGAUUAUCCCAGGCAAUGGGGAUUUGAGAAGAUGCUAUUUAAGGAAUCAAGAACAAACAUACGCCGUGACAGGAAAUACGCGAUCCAGGCCAAGAACGCGUUUGCGACAGGAGUUCACAUGUCUGAAAACGUAGUAGGCAAAACACUACACAAGACGGAGAAAAAGAUCCGUUACUACCAUUACCACAACACCAUAACCGUGCACGAGGAGCUUUGCAGAGUGAUGUUACCUGUUUCAGCCAAGGACAAUGUGACAUUUUACAAUAAGCUUCCAUAUGUGUACGACGACAACAUGAAGAAGCUAGUGAAAACGAUUAAAGAGUUUGAACAGACUAAACUCGGGAAGAAAGAUGUGGAAAAUUUCUCAUGA